GACAACGUUCGUAAUGAUCAAACACUUCUUUUAAGUUUAAUUUUAAUUUUCGAGUAAUAAACUGCAGUAUUGGUUUUCUACUACAUUUAAUAUAAUUAUGAAAUGAUGACUGGAUUUCAGUAUUAUUUAUUUGUUUUGCUUUGUUAUAGCAUUACAAAAUCCGGUGCAGAUUUCGUGCGUUAUUAUUACGAUUACGAAUGCAAUGAGCCUUUGGUAGCUAACUCUAAACUAUCGGCUACUUCAAGCUUACGUGAUAGAGGACCCGAGAAUGCUAAGCUAUAUGGGACAUCGGCUUGGACGCCCUUCGAGAACUCGUACUACCAGCAUCUGACCCUGGACUUCCACAAGCGCGUGGAACUGCGCGGUAUUGCCACAAAGGGGAGGUACGCGACAGACGAAUAUGUCACGGAGUACAUGCUUCAGUACUCUGACGACGGGGAGAGUUGGAAACUUGUGGCCAGGAGGGAUGGGUACACGCAGAUGUUUCACGGGAACCAAGACGGUGACACAGUGCGAAAAAACGAAUUCGAAGUGCCUAUAAUAGCUCAAUAUUUGCGUAUUAACCCGAUGAGAUGGCGGGACAAAAUAUCUAUGAGAGUGGAAGUUUAUGGCUGCGAUUACGUCGCCGACACUCUGUACUUCAACGGGUCGUCGUUAAUAAAAAUGGACCUGCUCCGGGACCCGAUAUCGGCGUCCCGGGAAGUGAUCCGGUUCCGGCUGAAGACGAGCACGGCGUCGGGCGCGCUGCUGUACUCGCGCGGCACGCAGGGCGACUACCUGGCGCUGCAGCUCAGGGACAACCGGCUCGUGCUCAACAUUGAUUUGGGGUCCGGCAUGUCUACGUCUCUGUCUGUGGGCAGUCUUCUGGACGACAACAUUUGGCACGACGUAGUCAUAUCUAGGAACAGAAGGGACAUCAUCUUCUCUGUGGACCGAGUUAUAGUGCAGGAGAGGAUCAAGGGAGAAUUCUCCAGACUCAACUUGAACAGAGCUCUGUACAUAGGGGGCGUACCGAAUUUACAAGAAGGUCUAGUUGUGAACCAGAAUUUCACAGGCUGCAUAGAGAACAUGUACCUCAACGCGACCAACGUUAUACAAGAUUUGAAAAAGGGCUAUGAGAGUGGCGAACCAUUUAAGUUCCAGAAACUGAACACCCUGUACGCGUGUCCGGAACCCCCCGUAGUGCCGGUGACGUUCCUGAAGGAAGGCUCGUACGCCAAGCUGCGCGGGUACUCCGGCGGCAGCGCGCUCAACGUGUCGCUGGAGUUCAGGACCUACGAGCUGCAGGGGCUGCUCGUGUACCACCGGUUCAACACCGAGGGAUAUGUUAAGGUAUAUCUUGAAGAUGGUAAAGUGAAAGUAGAGUUGGAGACGGCCGGAUCUCCUCGCGUGAAGCUGGACAACUACGUGGAGCUGUGGAACGACGGUCGCUGGCACUCGCUGAUGCUGACCCUGGCCCCGGACUCGCUGGUGCUGUCCAUGGACUCCAGAGCUGUGCACACGUCAAAGAGACUGCGAUUUCUUACCGGCAGCUAUUAUUUUAUAGCUGGAGGCAAAGCCCCACCGCGCGGCUUCAUCGGUUGCAUGCGCAAGAUUUCCGUGGACGGGAACUACCGCCUGCCGACGGACUGGAAGAAGGAGGACUACUGCUGCCCCAACGAGCUCGUGUUCGACGCCUGCCAGAUGAUCGACAGGUGCAGCCCCAACCCCUGCGAGCACGGCGGCCGCUGCGCGCAGACCGCCGACGAGUUCUCCUGCAACUGCCGCGACACGGGCUACGCCGGCGCCGUGUGCCACACGUCGGUGCACCCGCUGUCGUGCCAGGCGUACCACAGCGUGUCGGCGGCCCGGCGCUCCGCCAGCGUGCACAUCGACGUGGACGGCUCCGGCCCGCUGCCGCCCUUCCCCGUCACCUGCGAGUUCUACUCGGACGGCCGCGUGAUAACGUCGGUGAAGCACUCGGUGUCGCAGAGCACGGUGGUGGACGGCUACCAGGAGGCGGGCAGCUUCCGGCAGGACGUCAUCUACGACGCCAACCGGGCGCAGCUCGAGGCCCUGCUCAACAGAUCUGUGUCCUGCUCGCAGCGACUGGACUACUGGUGCAGGCACUCGAGGCUUAUGAACUCGCCUAGCGAGGAGUCCAACUUCCAGCCGUUCGCGUGGUGGGUGUCCCGCUCCGGCCAGCGCAUGGACUACUGGGCCGGCGCCACGCCCGGCUCGCGCAUGUGCGCCUGCGGCCUGCUGGGCUCCUGUCUCGACAACACCAAGUGGUGCAACUGCGACGCAGAGUACGCGCAGCUGCGUCCCGAGGAGUUCCAGUCGGACGGCGGCGACAUCACGGAGAAGGAGUUCCUGCCGGUGAAGCAGCUGCGCUUCGGCGACACCGGCAGCCACCUCGACGAGAAGGAGGGCCGCUACACGCUCGGGCCACUGCUGUGCGAGGGGGACGAUUUGUUCAACAACGCGAUCACGUUCCGCGUGGCCGACGCCAUCAUCCUGCUGCCGACGUUCGACCUGGGGCACAGUGGCGACAUCUACUUCGAGUUCAAGACGACCAAGGAGAAUGCUGUUUUGCUGCAUUCCAAGGGCCCGCAAGACUACAUAAAGCUGUCAAUAAUCGGAGGGGAUCAACUGCAGCUGCAGCUGCAAGUGGGUGACACGCCUCUAGGGGUGUCGGUGGAGACCAGCAACCGUCUGGCUGACAACCAGUGGCACUCCGUGUCCAUCGAAAGGAAUAGGAAGGAGGCCAGGCUGGUGGUCGAUGGAGCCUUGAAGAACGAGAUCCGCACUGUGGGCGGCACGGCGCGCGCCCUGCAGCUGUCCACGGGCCUCGCGCUGGGCGCCGCGCUGGACCGCAGCGACGGGCUGGUGGGCUGCCUGCGCGCCCUGCUGCUCAACGGCAGGCCCGUGCACCUGGCGCCGCUCGCCCGCACCGGGCUGUACGGCAUAUCCGAGGGCUGCGUCGGCAAGUGCUCGUCGUCGCCGUGCCUCAACAACGGCACGUGCAUCGAGGGCUUCGACUCGUACACGUGCGACUGUCGCUGGACCGCCUUCAAGGGCCCCAUCUGUGCGGACGAAAUCGGCGUAAAUCUCCGACCGAACUCGUUGAUCAAGUACGACUUCCUGGGCUCGUGGCGCUCCACCAUCGCUGAGAAGAUCAGGGUCGGCUUCACCACCACCAACCCGAAGGGGUUCCUACUCGGCUUCUACUCGAACAUUUCAGGAGAGUACUUGACUCUGAUGGUCUCCAAUUCCGGUCACCUGCGCGUCGUGUUCGACUUCGGCUUCGAGCGGCAGGAGAUCGUGUUCCAGGGGAAGCACUUCGCGCUGGGUCAGUACCACGACGUGCGGCUGGCGCGGCGGGACAGCGGCGCCACGCUCGCGCUGCAGGUGGACAGCUACGAGACGCAGGAGUACCGCUUCAACAUCAAGGAGUCUGCGGACGCGCAGUUCAACAACAUCCAGUACAUGUACAUCGGCCGCAACGAGUCCAUGGGCGAGGGCUUCGUGGGCUGCGUGAGCCGCGUGGAGUUCGACGACAUCUACCCGCUCAAGCUGCUCUUCCAGCAGGACCCGCCGCCCAACGUCAGGAGCCUCGGAGGAGGAGUUUUGCAUGAGGACUUCUGCGGCGUGGAGCCCGUGACGCACCCGCCCGAGCCCGUGGAGACCCGGCCGCCGCCCGCACUCGACCUGCAGCACGAGAUCAACUUCCGGAAGACGGACGAAGCCAUACUCGGAACGGUGCUGGGGUUCAUCUUCCUGCUGCUGGUGGUGGUGGCGGUGGUGCUGGUGCGCGCGCUGUCGCGGCACAAGGGCGAGUACCUGACGCAGGAGGAGCGCGGCGCGGACGGCGCGGCCGACCCCGACGCCGCCGCGCUGGCCGCCGCCACCGGACCGCGCGUCACCAAGCGCAGGGAGUUCUUCAUCUAACUCUACAGCUGCAACAAACUACACCCACACAAAUCACACCAAAAGCAAUUUUCUAUACAUUACAUUGAAGAGUGAAGGGCUGUUUGGUUUAAACGACAGUUUUGUAACUUUACAGGAGAGCCAUUUCAAGAUUAAGAUUGGA